AUGUCGGAAGCUCCACGAAUUUCUCUGGUUGACAUGAGAGAUCGUUGGUCGCGGAGUUGGGCACUGGGCCACAAGUUCCGAUCUCAGAGCUUGUGCCUUCCCCACGGGCGAGCUGAAGCCGAUGAUGCAAAAGGGGAGCCAUGUCCUGCUGAGAUGGGGAGAUGGUGGCAGAGUCGUGGCCCCCUGGGAAGGUACCAGUACGCCGCGGCCGCUGCAGUCAUACCGGAGAAGCCGCACCGCUUCCGUGGGGUCUUCGAGCUCAACGGAGUGGCUCGUGGCCCGCAGCAGGGUGAUUGGUAUGCCUGCCCGAGCCACGAGGCUCCACGGCUCGUCGGUGGCCUCGACGUUGCAGCAGACACCAUGGCAUCGGACGCACUUCUUCUGAAACUCCUGACGCAGGUCUUUGUGCUGCUGCAGGUCCUUCUCCGCGAGGAUCAGGCCAUGGAAGCCUUGGACGCACAGUCAGGCCUAAGGGCAACAGCUCCGGGAACACCCUCUUCCAAGGAGUUGCUGGCACCCUACCAGGUUGGCACAAUACCGGAGAUCUACUACAUCCCCGAGUGGAUCUCGAAGGAAGAAGAAGCGGAGUUCUUUCAGAUUGCGGAUGGGGACAUGCGCUCCUGGGAGGACAUGCGCACGAGAUCUUCUCAGGAGUGGGGUGCAGGUGACAGAUGUACCUGUGGACGAGGGCUGAUGCGGAUGCCUCUGCCAGAGUCACAGCAGAAGCUAGCCGAUGCACUGCACCAACUCGGCGUCUUCGACGCAGCCCUGUAUCCGAUGAACAGCAUUCGCAUCAACGGCUACCGGCCCGGACAGGGCAUCCAUCCGCACUGCGAUGGGCCUGUCUAUUACCCCAAAGCAUCACCUACUCGCUUGGAAGUGGAUCGUGACUAUCCGCCCAUGCGCCGCCUGAAUUUUUUCGACCGUCAUGUCGUGAAGGAGGAGGGAUCUGAUGUCCAUCCAGGCAUCCAGCGGCUCAAUGUGACUGCCACUUGUGGUAGCUCGGACCACCUCUGGCUUGGCGAAGCGAAGGGUGAAGUGAGGUGUCUAGACCGCCAGUCCAAGCUUUCCAGUGCAGUCCGCGUCUUCGACCGCGAGCUGAUCGGCCUGUCCGUUGCGGCCUAA